AUGGGCAAUGUCGAACCGCUCCCCUCUCCCAAGCCACCUCUCUCUCCGCUCCAAGAGUCCCGCAGCGCCAUCUCUCUCCAGACAACGGCAGCUGCUCCGUCGUCGUCCUCGGUCGCCGCCGCCGCUGUACCGCAUGGCCAUGAGUCGCUAAGCCGGUACUUCGACGACCCGAUACAAGGCGAAUAUGACAACGACGACCUGCCACCGCUCUACAGCGAACACGCGGAAACCGACGCCGCCGACAGCGCGCCCGUCAAUCCCCUCAUUCCCAGAGGCGGCGACCAGCUCGUCCAGCCGUUUGGGCACGACGGCGGCGGCACGACGGCUUACUAUCUCGACCCGCGGCUCGACUCGGACCCGUCCUUUCUCAUCGACCAUAUUCAACGCCUGGCUGCCGUGCCGCCCCGGCCUUUUGUCCGCCUCCGCGGCACGCACAGGGAGCGCCAGCGUGGCCGAGACAAGGACCGGCACGGCGCCGAUCAGGUCGUCGACUUUGACAUCCGCAUCGAGCUGACGCACCUGCUCUACACCGACAUCACUCGCCAGCAGGCCUGGCGCGGCCUCGUCACCGCCGGCAACUUGGAAAAGGUCCGUCGCGGCACCGUCUUUGCCGAGCGCGCACCCGGCUUCGGUGGCGCGGCCGAAGAGGGUGUCCCGGGCCUCGAGCAGUGGUGCCACCGCUUCUGCGCCAGCCCCGCCGGCCUCAAGUGCUUCACCCUGGAGCGGCGGGUGCUGGGCUGGGACUGGGACCUGCUGAGACGGCGCCUCGAGGCCCUGGUACGCGCGACAAACUACCGCGGCCACGCCGUCGUCAGCUUCCCCGUGCGCGACGCCCGCGUCGACGUGUACAACGAUUGCCGCACCAACCGGUGGCGCCUAACGGGCCGCAUCCGCUUCCUCUUCUACGCCACGUUUCUCUUCCUGUUGACCUGGCCGUGGCUGCUGCUGCGCACGCGCCGCUGGGAGACGGUUGCGGCCGAGUGGCAUGCCAGCCAGCCGACGAGCGUGCCCGGGCGCAGGCGGUACGCGGCGGGCAUGGGCGAGGAGCAGUGGUACAGCCUGUGGGCCACGGCGAUCCAGAGGGCCAUGCUCGAGCGCAGGGACUGCGAGCUGGAUCGCGGGGACCUGGAGAGAGCGCAAGGCGAGACAGUGAUGCAGGUCUCCAACCCGAAACGGGUCCUGGCCGUGAGCCUGGCCAACGAGGCCAACCACCUGAGCCGCGUCAUCAGAGAUCUCUCGGGCUCGGCCCCGGGCCCCGCGUCCACGUCCCUGGCCGGCACGACGCACCACGUUGCCUUCGAGACGCAGUACUACAAGGCCUCGGUCCCCGUCUGGCUGGACCUCAUCGCCUCGCCCGCCGAGUGGGCCGAGUCGUUCCUCUCCGACGAGGCCAGCGAGGUCCUGGCCGUGCUCGGGGGGCUUGUUGUUGUCUUCGCGCUCCCUGCUGCGGGGGCGUCUGGCGACGAGCUGCGCCUGCUGAUAGAGCAUGUCGGUCGCGUUGUGAAUAUGGGCCUUGGCGGGUGGGAGUGGGAGGGCGUGCGGCUUGCUGUGGGCGUGGGCGAGGAUGCGGCUGAUGACUGGGAUGAGCUCUGUGCCGAGGCUGGGCUUGAGUUUGUCCAGGUCGGUGUCGGGCAGCAGCAGCAGCGCGGCCUCAAUGAGUUUGGAGAACGGAUUGGCAUGGCCCGCGUCAAGGAGGCUCUCGAGUCCAACGACUGGGCCCAGACGGACAGCCCUUCCCUCUCCGACUUUGGCGACUUUGAAUCCGGAUCGGACGGACACCCCGAAGCCAACAACGUCGACUUUGACCCAGAAACCCUCGACUUUGGCUUCGACAGGGCCGACUUUGAGGGGCUUAGGAGGGCCAUCUGGAGCGCAGGGCAACGGGACAGCCCUGCCGCUGAGACUGCCGGGGCGAGCACCCGGGAGGCGAAAGCGGACGAUGUUGCGCGAGACGACGACGGCGCCUCUGCAGAGGACACGAGUCUCCAAGGGGGGCCUUGCGUUGAUGAAGGCGACGAGGCCGAGGUCGACGGCGACGACGUGCUUAAGCUAGAGAGGAUGACGAGGAAGCUCCAGGCUGUGAGGGACGCGGGGGCAGGCAUGGGCGAGGCGCAGAGGAAGAAAAUGGCGGCGCGGGCCGUUGCGGAGGCCAUGAAGGAGUUAUGA